AUGCGAGAGCCGUGUGUGCAACGCGCACCGGCUCCGGCUCGGGAGCGGAAACGGCCCAGAGAAUCCAAGGUGUCGCAGUUGGAAAAGAAGAUUGAGGAUCUCAGCUCUAUACUUGUGGCUGAGACGACGAGGCCUGAGAGUGCACCAGAAUGGAUUCGAAAGAAAAGCAAGCAGCUCAUGUCCUACAGCCAUGUCUUCCCUUCACAUAAGUUGCACCAACCCAACUUCGCACCAGAGGAGUCGCCACGAGAAGAUGCGAAUGAGGAAUGGCCGGAGAUUUCUCAUUCUUCCGGUCUAGCUCAGACUUCGUCGACCGCUGGAUGGCCAACAGGUCAAGAGGCACAGAUGUGGCUAGAGAGAUACCGAGAGAAAAUGAUGCGCCUAUGUCCAUUUGCUAUCAUCCCUCCGGGCAUGACAUCAGAUGAACUUCGUAGAGAGCGGCCAUUCCUGUGGAAAUCAUCCAUGCUCGAGGCCUGUAAUGAGGACGGAUACCGCCAAAUGAGCCUUGGGCGCGAGUUGUUGAAAACCUUCAGCGAAGCUCUGAUUACGAAACCCACAAAGAGCCUAGAUUUGCUCCAAGGGCUAUUACUCUAUAUUGCAUGGUUUCACUAUGGCUUGAACAGUUUCCAAGUUACAAAUCUGCUCGGGCUGGCAAGGUCACUGUGUAUGAGUCUCGGGUUUGCUCAGUGUAGUCUUCAAAGCGACCCAUUCAGUUACUCGUCAUCGUCACUAGAGAAAAUGAGGGCGUACGCCGGCACAUACUACCUUGUGACAUCUGCAUUCGCUACAAGCAAGAUAUCCGAAGCUUUUAUGAGUACCAACUAUCUAAGCACUAUUUGCGAUAUUCUAGAAGAACGAAUCGAAUAUCCCACAGACAGGCUUCUAGGCAAUAUGGUGAGGGUACAGGAGUUGGCACAAUCAAUCGUCGUCACCACCUCGUCACUAUAUCGCAACCCUCCGAAAUCGGAGCUAUCUACACUACCUUCGAUACUCUUAGUGAGGAGCUUUCAGGGCCGUAUCAACGACUUGAAGUCAACUAUACCGCCAGAUCUCCAAGACAACCCUCAGCUACUAGCACAUAUUCACAUCGCAGAAGUCCUGUUAUAUGAUAUCAGCCUACAGGAUAUGCCACCUGCAUGUAGCAUAUUGCAAGACACCGACCGCCUUGAGCUGCUCUGGUCGCUACUGGGUUCACUUAAAUCGUUUACGGCCCUGCGGUCAUUCAGUGACUUAACUGGAAGCACACAAUGGCCUGGCAUUUCGUGUGUUGACUGCAUGUACGCGUUUAUCACCUGCCUGAAAAUCAUCACUCUCGACGCCCCGGGAUGGGACUUGGCCUUCAUACGAAAAGACUUGGAUUUAACUACCCAUCUCGAGCGUCGAUUGCAGGCUGUAGAGAGGGCAUGUACACAGCGUGGUCAACGACAGAGGCUGAGUGUAGCGGAUGGCAAGAGUCAGGAGAAGGACCCGUACGAAAGGCUAGCUAACAUGCUUCGUCAUGUGAAAGGCAUGCUUGAGGUCUUGCCGGAACCUACGGUUGUCGCGUCAUCCGCGGCCCAGGUGGUCACACCGCAAUCCAUAGACAGCUUCCCGACAGGCAUGGACAACCUCUCUAAUCUGAAGCUUGGUAUGUGGCAUCAGCGUUGGGAAGACACAGGGGAGGAUACACGUGACUGGGAUGACGGAGUCAACGGCGCUCUAGACUUCACACCAGAUUUGAUAAUGUCCGGAUAUGUGCCAUAA